CUGAACUACAAAGUAUUCAUUCAUUCAUAAACACACAGUAUAUUAUUCACAUUGCAAUGUCUGCUUCUUUCUCUACUCUGCUUCCCGAUAUUAUCCAGAACCAUAUCCUGACCCGGCUCGAUGGCCCGGCCCUGGCUUCCCUGGCAUGCGUUUCAUCCGAAUUGCACGCCCUGUCCACGGAAGAAAAACUGUGGCAGGAAAUUUGUCUUGCCACGUGGAAUUCAGUUAACACUCCACGUGUCGGUCAUGUCAUCUCGACAUUCCCUUCUGGUCAUCGCUCAUUCUUCUCCGAUUCCUUUCCCCUCCUAAACCACUCGCAACCAUCGAGCGGCAAUCCUGGUCGUUCACCGCCAACUUCACCAUUAAUCUUGGCCGUUGACAUUUACUACAAGAACGAGCUCAUAUUCUCGAGGGUUCGGGAAACAAAGACAGCAACAGAAAAGUUUCUACGUUCUCCUUACCGGGUCGAUUUACUUGACCCGAAGGAGGCCGUUUUGACUCCGGUACAACAUGAGGGAGAAAUAGACACGUGGCUUAAGCACCUUGAAGAGAACGUGAGUUUGAGUUGGAUCGUAAUAGAUCCGACAAAGAAGCGGGCGGCGAAUUUGUCUACUAGGAGGCCUGUUCGGGUGAGAUGGCCAUGCGAGCAAGGAGAGGCGCAGCUGCAUUACGCGACAAUCAUGGCAGGAGAUGGACGGUCAGGAUCGAAUGAGGAGUUAGUGAAGUGUGGGUUGGUGGUGUCGUGCAGUGGGGUGGGGGAAGGGGAGGUGCAUGUGGAGGAGGUGAGUAUGGAGAUGGAGGACAUGGAGGGGAGGAUUUUAAAUGGGAGGGAUAGCUUGGUCAUUUUAACGGAUGCUAUAGAGAAUGGGAGGAGAUGCAAGAAGGGUAAGGGAAAUGAAGGGAAAAAGAGGUACCAGGAAUUUGAAGUAAGAAAAAGAGAGAGAAAGCAAAGAAGAGAGAAGGUUAAGGACAUGGUUCGGAAUAUUGGUCCAAUGGUGUUGGUGAUGGUACUGGCCUUUUGGUGUUUUCUCUUUAUGGGUUCAUAUAAGGUAGCAUCGACGUAUAUAACAAGAAAACAACUUCAAUUGCAUUGAAGUAUGUAUAUGGUUUUCUAGCUCAUGCUAUAACAGCAUGCACCAGCUUCAUUUGAUCCGUUAAAUGAUUGUUUAACUGAUCAUCAUAUAUGAAUAAAGUUUAAACUGUGUUUAUAUAAGUAGGUUAAUGGGAGCUACCGUGAUGAUCAUAUUCACAUGUGUGCAAGUCUCCUUUAGUGGAAUAAUAAGUAGGAUGUGGAAACUUAUUCUGAUUUUGUAUUGCAUCUUCAUAAGAAUAACUUACGGAUUCAAACAUUUUAAGCAUACGAUGAUCAUUUGGUUA